UAUUAGAUAACAAGUUCUAUCACAGCUGUUUAGAAAAAAAAGUGGUUCGGAGACGAUCAACUAGUUCCAGAGAUCAAAGCAAUCGCAGAAGGUUCAUUUAAAAAAAAGGGAUAUGAAGCGGGUAUUCGCGGCAAGGGUUAUAUUGUUAUGGCAUUAGAAGCAGCAUUAUGGGCAUUCUGGGAUUCCAGUUCGUUCGAAGAUGGUGCGAUAAAAGCUGUCAAUCUAGGCGAUGAUACGGACACAACAGCGGCAAUAUAUGGACAACUGGCUGGAGCUGUUUAUGGUGUUGAACGCUUACCAGAACGCUGGGUUGACCAACUUUAUGCUCGAAACUAUAUAGAAUGGCUGGCAAAAUGGCUGAAUUACAGGGGAAAUGAAUGGUACUGUAAGAAUCAUAAAACAUAA